GGAGCGCCAGGUUCGAAACAACCUGUCCAAGUCGGAGUAUUCUAAUGAUUCUAGCGAACACAACGAAAACAAAACAUUAUAUUUACGAUUAACAAUGAAUAGAUUAUUUCGUGCGAAAUUAGCCUAAAUACUGUAUUUAGUAUACUGUGAUUUGGUGAUAAGUGUUGAAUUCAUUUCGUGACAAUGUUGAGGCCUCAGUAAUAAUCGCGAUUCGGUACGUUUACGAGCGAGAGUCGAUACGUUUAAGUUUUUUCGUCGUUUACACUCUCUCUUUGUAAUUACGAUCAGUGGAUCGGUAUAGGCGUAGCGGGCGUAUCUCGUGCUGUCACUGUGCCUGUUGUGUUCCAUCUUUUUCACCGAGCUGACAAGAUCCGCGACUUUCCUAUCAUCGAUUCAAGACCUACAUUAAAAUAUCACACGGUGAUUUAAUUCGACGAAUCAACCAUGUCGUAAUUAAUGAUUGAUCAAUUUUGCCAAAAUUUUCGACCUACCGGUCGAAUCGCGAGUAAAAAUGACUGAAACAGAAACACUUUGAAUUUUCCUCUCAUUAUAAACGAAUAUAAUAAAUAGUCGAGUGAGUGCAACAUCAAGGAUCAAUCGGCACAAUGUUCGCGAAGAAAAAAAAGAAGCCGCAAAUUUCGACUCCCACCAACUUCGAACACAGGGUCCACACGGGUUUUGACAAACGCGAGGGAAAAUUCGUCGGUUUGCCUCUCCAAUGGGCAUCUAUCGUUGGAAAUAAUCAAAUUUUAAAGUCAACCAAUCGUCCCUUACCACUCGUGGAUCCCAGUGAAAUAACACCCACGGAAAUACUCGAUUUAAAAACUAUCGUCCGUGGACAUAAUGAUCCUAGGAUUGUAAGACUUGUCACUAAUGAGAAAAGUGCCGAUAGUUGUUUACCCAAAACGAGCACGGUCGCUAGAUCCAACUCUCUCAGAUCUUCCAGUCCUCCUAGACUUCGUAGAGACUACAGAAAUAAUGCCAACCUGCCGCCAUCGGUACCAGAGGGACAAGAGAUGUCGUCCAGUCCGAGCCAAAUUCAAUCGUAUCCGAGUUUUCCUAAACCCCAGGGUUAUGCAGAUAAGCUUCGACAAAAUUCAGGGAAUAUGGGGCCAGGAAGCAACGUCAAUCUUCAGAGCCUGGUUCCCAAUCUUCAGAAUCUGAAUCCCAACAUGCAAUCGUCGCCUAAUCUUGCUCAUGGGGCUGGCAAUGCGACUAAUUUAUCAUUAAACUUCCAAAAUUUGAGUCCUAUUCCAAAUCUUCAGAGUCCCAGCACCAAUCCGAGUCUUGGCCAAGUUUCUGAUCCAGAUUUUCCAAGAACGAGCUCUGCUUCGACAGUUGGCGGGCAGUUCAACGGAAACAUUCAGCCACAGAACGAUCAAGGUAUGGGCAGAGAUCAUCAACAAGCCCCCCAAAACAUGGUGGUCCACAAACUGCAGCCAAAAAUUUCGCCGGUCGGCUCAAUCGCCUCGCAGCGUCCUCUGAGCCAAUUGAGUUCACACAACGUGAACAAACAUUCUCAAAAUUAUGUAGCGAGUGAAAAUGCACCGCCGCUACACAAUCUAAUGUUCAACAAACCUUUGGAGAGUUCACAAUCGAUGCAUAACUUGUCAAAGCCUCCGAGUCUGCCUUCAACAAUAACAGGAGGAGGAGGAGGAGGAGGAGGAGGAGGAGCUACAAGCGCGACUCCGGAUCAGAAUCAAAAUAUGAAAGGAGCCAUUUCUUCCGGAAAUUUGGCUGUUGUGCAACAAAACACUUCUAACAAACAGAGCGCUGAUCAAAGGCUAACUCAUGAACAAUUCAGAGCUGCUCUGCAGAUGGUCGUGAGUCGGGGUGAUCCUCGUGAAAACCUGAAGAAUUUUGUAAAAAUUGGAGAAGGAAGUACAGGAACGGUUUGCAUUGCAACGGACAAAACAACAGCUCGCCAAGUUGCAGUGAAAAAAAUGGAUCUUCGAAAGCAACAAAGGAGGGAAUUAUUGUUCAACGAAGUAGUGAUAAUGAGGGAUUACCAUCAUCCGAAUAUCGUCGAGAUGUACGACAGUUUUCUCGUUGAAGAUGAGCUCUGGGUCGUGAUGGAAUACCUUGAAGGUGGAGCUCUCACGGACAUCGUGACACAUUCGCGAAUGGACGAGAGCCAAAUUGCCACUGUUUGUUCUCAGUGUCUUAAACCUCUAUCGUACUUACACUCUCAAGGUGUUAUUCAUCGUGACAUUAAAUCCGAUUCAAUCCUUUUGACUGCUGACGGACGGGUCAAACUCACGGAUUUUGGUUUCUGUGCUCAAGUCUCUCAGGAACUUCCAAAGAGAAAAUCUCUCGUCGGUACUCCAUAUUGGAUGAGUCCUGAAGUUAUUUCCAGGUUACCAUACGGACCGGAAGUCGACAUCUGGUCUCUCGGUAUCAUGAUCAUCGAAAUGGUCGAUGGUGAACCACCGUUUUUCAAUGAACCACCUCUCCAAGCGAUGCGUCGAAUUAGAGAUAUGUUACCACCAAAAUUGAAAAAUUCUCACAAGGUGAGUCCAAGACUCCAAGGCUUCUUAGAAAGAAUGCUCGUUCGUGAUCCAAAUCAGAGAGCAACAGCGGCUGAGCUUUUACAACACCCGUUCCUGAGACAAGCCCAGAGCCCAAGUAUCUUGAUACCGUUGAUGAGAGGUGCGAGACAUACCAAUUGUUAAUGUCGAAACUUGAAGAAAACUGUCAAUCCUGAUUCUUGGCAAAUGCGCUGGGAAACAACUGAUCCAUAAGAUAACAGCGGCAAGAAAUUAUGAUUAGAUUUAUUACGCGCAAAGGAGUACGGAGACUUCUGAAUUCACAUGAAAUCAAUGCGAGGUGAAUUUUCUCUUCAACGAUUUUCAGUAUAUUACUGGAAUCUCGAACUUUCGACACGACGUUUGACAUCGAAUAUCGUCAAGGUUAUUAUACAUAUAAAUAAUUUUUUUUUGUUUCUUACUUUAUCCACAAAUCGAGAUUGUAAGAUUUAAAUAUAACAAUAGGAUUGACGCAGUUGGCAGCUAGAUGUAAACCCAAGUGCCUUGAAAAAUCGCGAAAAAAAAUUAAUAAUGAUUUUUUGAACAAGUGAUCAGAUCUGACGAAACUUCAUGAUCAAGUUGACGGCAUGGUUAAAAUUUCGAAUCGGCCGUGACCUAAAAAAUUCAAACUCGUCCAUUGUAAUUGUUAAUACGACUUCGUGAAAUUGUAUUUUUUUUUUGUUAGAGCCCAUUGUCACAGCCAUUCUUUGGUCACAGCCUUCGUAGACUUAAUUAGAAGUAAUAUAAAAAAUAUAUUAACAAUUUUUUUGCAUUAGUUUAACGACAUUCGAAAAAUUAAAAUACGAACGAGUUAGUUUCGAAAUUGUCACCAUUAAUGGGAGCAGUAUGAUUGAAUUUUAAUAUUUUUUUCAAAGUAAAUUGUGAACACUACUGAAAUUUAUUUUUUUCCUCGUGGAAACCUCCGUUCCGAAAAGUUUUU